UGAUUCACAUUUUACCAUCAAAGCAUCAAAUAGUCGCUAUCAAUUCAAGAUCAAAUACCGAAAUAUUGCUUUCAAUUUCAUUCGAAGAUUGUACUCUUUCAGCGGUUUCGAUAUUAGCGACGGCCAUAGAGCUAUGACGGUGCAUUUUCGGAACAAAGCCGAGUUUUGGAAAACGAUAAUCUUUUAGACUGGUUCCGUGGCCCUUUCGGAAUUCAAUCGCAAGUGAUUUCAAUCGGCGGGAACCAGUCUAUGUACUUGCAUUGACACGGUAUACGGUGCUGAGUAAUUAGACAAAAGUGGAGUUCGAUGUAGUUUGCCUGCUGCGGGUACGGUCGGUGCUGGUAGUUUCCAACACCCAGUGUCAUCGAAAGGUCAAAGUUUUAGCUCAGGAGAAUGCACGAUCGGUGAUCUGAUCUGAUGUCAUCCAGCGGUGAUACCUUAAACAAAACAGUACACUUCGCUCAAACAAGGCUCAAACAAUCAAUAGUUUUCCGGCUGCGCCGAUGAUUGCUGAACAGGUGCUAGGACAUGCGUGACAUUGUAGGAUUGCUUGACUAGUUAAAUUACAGUUCACCCUCUCGGAAAUUCAAAGAUCAGCUCUCUCUCACUCACUCCCAGUCAAAGCUUUUCUAACUUUGUUUUGCAUGUUUUUAGUGACACCUAUAAUCUAGAAAAAAUGCAUGGCAGCCAUGAGUUUCUAAAAAACUGAAUAAUGUGGAACUUGUGUGCUUGAACAGUUGAAGCGACACUGAACUUAAGCUGCAGAAACUUUGUGAGAUCAAUAUGGAAAUCAUUACCUUGAAGAUUACUAUACUGUGCUCCUUGUUUGUGUCAUGCCUCAUUGCGAGCUUGCUACCUUUGAAGUUUGUCAACAUUGCCAUCAAGCGUAGUGGGAAUGAAAUCCGCAGAAACUUCAUCGAACGAGUGCUGCGAUUUCUAAACUGUUUUGGUGGAGGUGUUUUCCUCGCGACUUGUCUGUUGGAUCUGCUGCCCGACGUGGAGCGCGAAUUUGAAGCUGUGCUCACAGAGCUUGGAAUGCGGACAAAUUUCCCAGUUGCCAAGUUUGUUGCGGCUCUGGGGUUGUUUCUGAUCCUUAGUGUCGAGCAGAUUGCAUAUGACAUCAAGGAAAGAGCGAGUAGAGGACAAAGGGAACGCACUGAGGAAAGGGACAAGAAAGUGGACAGUGACCAGAAAGUGGACAGUGACCAGAAAGUGGACAGUGACCAGAAAGAGGAUUAUCAGAAAGCAAAUGACAAGGUACAUCGGCUGAAAUAUGAGGAAAGUGAGACUACUCCUCUCUUGAUCCACCACAGCACUAAUAAAGGAGGCGCAUCUCACAACAGUACCAGUGAUGAAGAAGGAAGUAUCAAUAAUGAGAAAUUGGGUCAAAGCAUGAGUUUCGGCCACAGUCACGGUACACCGAUUGUUGGGACUGAUGACAGACCGUUGAUCCAACACACUGACACCCAUGAUAUGGUAACCAGCUCCUCGCUGCGCUCCCUGCUGCUCCUACUGGCCUUGUCCUUACAUUCCCUCUUUGAAGGACUGGCGCUAGGCCUCCAGAGUGACCUCAACCAGUUGCUUGCCAUCUUCGUCGCCGUCCUCAUCCACAAGACCAUCCUGGCGCUCAGUCUGGGCAUCAACUUUGUGCAGAGUAACCUGAAGCCACGCACUCUAAUCCAGUCCAGUGUCUGUUUUGCCAUCAUGGCACCCAUCGGCAUUGUCGUUGGCAUUUUAGUUAAUCAGGGAUACAGCAGCACAGCCCAUAACAUCACAAGCGGUAUUUUGCAAGGUUUAGCCACAGGAACUUUCUUGUAUAUUACAUUCUUUGAGGUGCUUCCUAUGGAGAUGAGUCAACCCGGUGAUAGGCUUCUGAAAGUUCUCAGUGCAGUCAUUGGUUUUGGGUUAAUAGUGAGUACACUAUUUCUUGAUCCGACCAUUACUAAGCCACCACCUCCAUAAUAAAAAAAACCAGAUUUUCCAAAUUGUUUCUACAGGUUUAUUCCAAAAAUUUGUUUGAUACUUUAAGUCUUCAGUUCUGCAGAUUGAGACUAAAACUGUGCUGAAUUUGAAUUGAGAUCACAAAUUUGGCAGCUGAGAAGAAAACAGAAAAAGGUGACUGAGUUUAAUUUUGUUUUGAUGUGUUUCCAUGUGCAAGUUCUCAGGUUGGGAAUAAUGUCAAUGAUCUGUUAAUUAACACUAACACAAACUGUCUGUUCAAAUUUGAUCGAUUGUACAUGUACAUGUACAUGUACAGGUAUAUAUGUACUUGUACAUACACAUUUAUACUGAUUAACCCUAACCGCCAAGGCCCUUUUGAGAGGAUACACCCUCAGUCCUUCAAAAUCCUCCAACUGCCCCCAUUAAAGAUGAGAUACAGCCUCAGUCCUCCAAAAUCCCACAAUAUUUCUUGAAUAUGUUCUUUGAAGGGGUGCCCACUAACUCAAUCCUUCAAAAUCCUUUGGCAAUUCCUCUCAUUAAGUUGAGGCAGUGUGAAUGGUAUCCUGGAGCAGUAUGGAAGAUUUCACAUAUAAUGUGGGCAUGAAUUUCUACAUGGGUGAAUAUAAACAACACAAGGUCUAACCCAGAACCUUGAGACAGUGUGCCCAUCGCAAUCAGCAAUGCAAUUCUGCCAUGCAGCCUCAAUCCUCCAAAAUCCUUCGAAACCGCCUGCAGGAUUUGGGAUAGUUAGGGUUUGCAUGUGUCAUUGCCUCCAAGGUGGUUCAUGUAUUUCUUUUAUGGAGUCAUGGAGUAGGCAACCACUGUUACCGCACAAAAAUAAAAACGUCAGUAUAUCGAGCAGUUACAAAAAGGGGGGGUCCUAACCCCAUGUUGACUGUCCUUUACCAUAGCAUUUUUGUUCUCAAUUUGCCCUUUAAUACAUAUUUUCCGUCUCUGAGGUGUUUUUGUUGAUAAGAUAAGAACAACUUUUUUUAAUCCCAGGACUCAAAGCUCUGAAUUUAUGCAGAACAUUUUAAUUUCAAGUUUACAGUUGGAUGCUAAAUUGGGAGUUUGGAAGUGAAAAUUUGAACUUAUUCGCCAUCCCCCCAAAAUUGGACAUUUAUUUUUAAGGGCAUUGUGUUUGGAAAACAAGAUUUUUCUAUGCCUUGGCCAGAUGGUGCCAAUGAAACCAUCCCCAGCGACAUGGUUGUUUGUGUAAUGUAACCAUGUGACUUUCGGAGAUGACUCAUAAAACGUUUUGUGACUACCAGGUUUGCACACUGCAUGAAUGUUUGCACACCUUUGCUGGUUUUUAUACUUGUCCUGAUUUUACAGUAGUUAUUAAUGAGAUCUUAAUCAACCCCCAGUUGAAUCAGCCAGUAUCAACCAUGAAUUAUUAUAAAUUAUGAAUAACAUUAAUAACAUAAAUUUGUUUUCAAAUGUCUUGUCACAGAUUUGUCUCGGACAAUAGUUCAUUUACUUACAUUAUUACCAGAGUGAAUACGUGAAGCUAACUCGUUUGAAUAAAGAAAAAAGCAGGGAAUUCCUAAAAUCUAAACUGCUACCUUGCUGGUCAGGCCUUU